GGGGCCGCCGCUACCGGGACAAGACGGGGACGUCGCUGCGCCUCGGCGGCUGGUUGGCGAGGUAAGAUGGCGGCGCCAGAGGAGCCAGAGUUAUCCCAGGCGCAGACCGAGAAACUCCUCCAGUUCCAGGACUUAACUGGUUUGGAGUCAAUGGACCAAUGCCGUCGAACAUUAGAGCAACACAAUUGGAACAUAGAGGCUGCAGUGCAAGACAGACUUAACGAGCAAGAAGGAGUUCCCAGUGUGUUUAAUCCUCCACCAUCCAGACCACUUCAAGUCAAUACAGCAGACCAUAGAGUAUAUAGUUACAUCGUCUCAAGGCCACAGCCCAGGGGAUUACUAGGAUGGAGUUACUACUUGAUAAUGCUACCAUUCAGAUUUACAUAUUACACACUUCUGGACAUAUUCAGGUUUGCCGUGCGUUUUAUUAGGCCAGAUCCACGUGGACGUGUGACAGACCCCGUCGGAGAUGUUGUGUCUUUCAUUCACAGUUUUGAGGAGAAGUACGGUCGGUCACACCCUGUGUUUUACCAGGGGACAUACAGCCAGGCACUGAAUGAUGCCAAACGGGAGCUCCGCUACCUAUUAGUGUACCUUCAUGGAGAAGAUCAUCAAGACACAGAUCAGUUUUGCCGCUCUACGUUAUGUACAGAAGAGGUCACGACCUUCAUCAACACACGAAUGCUUUUUUGGGCAUGUUCGACCAGCAAGCCAGAGGGCUAUAGAGUGUCUCAAGCAUUGCGAGAGAACACCUAUCCAUUCCUGGCUAUGAUCAUGCUGAAGGACCGCAAGAUGACUGUGGUGGGCCGACUGGAGGGUCUCAUUCAGCCAGAAGACCUCAUCAAUCAGCUCACCUUCAUCAUGGAGGCCAACCAAACAUAUCUGAUGUCAGAGCGCCUUGAACGGGAGGAGAGGAACCAGACCCAAGUGCUCAGGGCGCAGCAGGAUGAGGCCUAUCUCGCCUCCCUUCGUGCAGACCAGGAAAAGGAGAGAAAGAAAAGGGAGGAGGAGGAGCAGAAGAGGCAAGAGGAGGAGAAGGUCAUGCAGAGUGCUCUUGCCGAGGAGCGGAGGCGAAGGACACUUGAAGAAGAGAAGGAGAGGAAGUCGGAGUGUGUUCCUCCAGAACCACCUGCAGAUGAUCCAGAAAGCGUCAAAAUAGUGUUUAAGCUGCCCAAUGACACUCGGGUGGAGAGACGAUUCCUGUUCAGCCAGUCUCUGGCGGUAAUAUACGACUUCCUUUUCUCUUUGAAAGAGACUCCAGAGAAGUUUCAGAUAGUUACAAACUUCCCUCGCAGAGUCUUGCCCUGCCUUCCAACCGAAGAGCAGCCCAACCCACCCACACUGAAAGAGGCGGGACUCAGCCGCUCCGAGGUCCUUUUUGUUCAGGACCUUACGGACGAUUAACUGAUGACGUACCUCUUCCACCUGGAAACUAAUUUUCCUCUGACACUCUCCCACCUUUUUUUUUCUUUUUUGUUGUUUUUUUUUCAUAUUUUGUUAAAUGGCCAUUAUGAAUAAGGGAUCAUCAAGAUAAAAUUGUAACCUGGAAAAAUUAAACCACCCAGCAUCCAGUCCUUGUUCAGUUGUGUUUACAGGGUUCCCAAUAGCCUGGAAAGUCUUGAAUUUUAUCAAAUAAAUAUUUCUUGAAGUCCUUCCUUGAACUCAUCUUUAUAUGUGGAAGAAGUUUGUUUUCCAUUGUUUGUUUUAGCUACCAGUUCAUUUGUAACUCCGGCAGCAGUGGAUUAAUCAGCUGCUGGAAACGAUAGCACUGCUUUGUUCAGAACCAUAUCCUAAAUUAGUCGUCUGGUCUGCUGGGGAAGACCGGUUGUAUUAAUAACUGCUCAUGUACCGGACAGCAUGGAGAAGUAAGGAUUUCUUUGAUAGAGUGAAUGCCAUUGCCAUUUUUCCUACCUGAGAGUCCUAUUUUUUCCCCAAUUAAACACACUUAAUUCCUUUUGCCUAAAGCUUCCAUUUUGUCCACAGUUACAAAGCACAACAAUAGUCGUCGAGGAUGAGUUUAGUGCUGCUGUGAUUGUUUAUCCAUGUGGUGUGGAGAGAAAUGGGCUUCGGGGAGCAGGAUCUUGGAUUUAGAUGUUAUGUGGGAACCCUGUUUUGAGCGAGCCAUUUACCUGUACAUACGUUAAAAUAUUUAAAAAUUCCCAAAUUGACCUUACUUACUGUUUUUAUUUUUGACUUAUCUGUGUCAUAAAAUGACCAAAUGCAGGUUUGUUACUAUGUAAAGCAGACUGCCUCAAGCUCUUGAAGUUCAAACAUACAAUGUUUUAACAGGCCACAGCUUUUACAUGUGGCUGUAUCUAGUAUAGUAGUCUGCCCAUAGUGUGCCUGUGGUUACUUAUAGAUGCCUGUUUUGCCUGUAACAUCUGAAUGGGCUCACAUAAAGAUGUAAUUUUCCAACUAUUAAAAUUAAAAACGUUUUAAAAACCUGG